UUCGGGAAUUGGCUAUUAUUAUUCGGUGCAUUAUAUUUGUAACUGGGCAUAAUACGCAUACGAUUGGAGGGUUAUUUGGUAGAUCAACCAGUUCUCAUUGAACUUUUGGUGCUGUUCAGUUAAAGCUGGUAAGUUAUAUUACUUUGAUAAAAAGACGUUUGUUUCUAAAUUAUUUGAUUUAUUUAUAUCUAUAUAGAUAUCUAAAUAUAUAUAUUUAUAAAUAUAUAUUGAAAUGUUACAGUGAUGUAAGUGAUGUUUACGUGAUGAAACAUUGUGGAUUGUAUCCUAAGAAAUAGUGAUUUUUUCGUCAUAAGAUUCUGGAGAAAAAAAUCAACUUGUUGUCAAAUACGGUGUCAAAUAUGGUGUCAUAUAUGGUGUCAAUUAUGGUGUCAAAUAUGGUGUCAAAUAUGGUGUCAAAUAUGGUGUCAUAUAUGGUUCAAAUAUGGCAAUUGAAAUAAUUCAGCCAGUUUAGGAUGGCAUUUUAAGUAGUAACUACUGUGGCGUGUUUUUGUAAUUUAAUUUUUAUAUUUGUGAAGAAUAUUUUUUAAAAAAAUUAGGUUGAUAACAGCAUACGAAUAAAUAUAAACUGUCUAGAUGAUUGCAUCCUAUUAUGUGACUGCAUCCUAGUAUGUGACUGCAUCCUAGUAUGUAACUGCAUCCUAGUAUGUGACUGCAUCCUAGUAUGUGACUGCAUCCUAGUAUGUGACUACAUCUUAGUAUGUGACUACAUCUUAAUAUGUGACUAUUUUAUUUUAAAAAUAUAAAAUCUCCAUCUUUUAACAUUUUAUUUCUUCAAAAAAUAUUUGUCAUUUUCAUAUCAGCCCUCUUUAAUUUUCUCAGAUACAAAAAUGUAGUUAAGAUUGAAAUUUCCAUUCUAAUCUAAACAAUCCCCACAAAGAAGUGUGAUAGAGUCAGUGGCACAGGUGGCCAAUAUCCACCCAUGACUCAUAUACAUUGACGGUAAAUUAAAAAUCAUAAAAUAAAAACAAAGGAAAUUAAUUAUCGGCAGUCAUAGACGCAAUGCAGACGUCCAUGUGAGAAUUGAAGUAUUAAAAAUAGUUUAUUGAAUGAUUGGGGAGGGGGGCACGGUAGGCAUUGAUGAGGAGGGAAAACGGCUUAAAUGAUUUAUUCGUGCUUGCUUGGAUAAAUGACAGGAAUUUUACUAGUAUAGCAUUUAGUGGGUGCCACGCCUUGACAGACCACGUUAUUUGAGGCUAUAACCGAAUGAAAAGAGACCAUCGUAGGAUGGGAAAGCAAACAUCAAUUUGCUAACAGGCUUGCUCCUCAACAUUUCCCGGGGCCACUGUGACCGGGCAAAAUACACACAACUGUCUUUUAGUUUCUUUGGGGUGUUGGAGGGGGGGAAGGGGGGGGGGCAACAGAAUUUAAACAUAAAAAUAUUCCAAAUAGGUGUUUGGCGUCAUCCAUCUGGCUGUUAACUCUGAGUUGACAUCCACUAAAUGCUUUNAAAAAGGGGGGGGGGGGGAGGAGCAUGCAAUCAGGUUUAGAGAGAAGGGAAUGUGUGAAACAAGUUUGGUCAAAUCUGGGCUAAAAGACGCACACACAAAAAAAUAUAUAUAUAUUUUAAAAAAUCCACACGUGUCGGCAAGAAGCCUUCUUCGGCGAACAAACAAAGACUAACACAAAUAACAAAAUUAAAACUUAGCUGAUAUGGUGUAUCCGAGAGGACAGCAAGAGGAAUGUGACAGACCAUUAGUAGGUAAGUGAUGAAAUAUAGGCACAGACGGGAGGAAAAGAAAUUCCAAGGCAAUUAGAUUGUAACGAGGAGGGGGCAGUAUACAGGUUAAACAAUAAAAGAAGAACAAAGAAAUUCACGCAAAGCGGUGUCAAGGUCAAGUUAGUUCAUCCAUGUUUGAAAAUGUAUAUUUUGUUCAAAAGAAACCCUCCCGGAGUACCUAGGCUUUUGUUACUCUUAAAAGGAUAGGGGAAGAGGAACAGAAUAGGCAAGAUUAUGGAAUUUCGAGCACGUGUCUUUCAAGUCAUUACUUCUCAUUACAUGCCCAAAAUAAAAUAUUUCUUCCCCAUAAAAUAUCCUCCAAAACAAUUGCGUCUCAAAUUGUGAUAACCAGAAAACAUCCAUUGUAUGACAAAAAUAUAUGCCCAAGUGUAUGACUUAGUGUAUUACCAAAUUUAUCACCAGGUGUAUGACAAAACGUAUGACAAGCUGUAUGACCAACUGUAUGACCAAGUGUAUGUGCAAGUGUAUAUCCAAGUGUAUGACCAACUGUAUGACCAAGUGUAUGACCAAAUGUUGACCAUAUGUGUGUCCAAGUGUAUAACCUAGUGUAUGACCAACUGUAUGACCAACUGUAUGACCAAGUGUAUGACUAACUGUAUAACUAACUGUAUUACCAAGUGUAUGAACAAAUUUAUGACAAGUAAAUGACUAAGUGUCUGACCAUAUGAAUGUCCAAGUGUAUGACGAAGUGUAUGACAAAGUUUAUGACAAAUGUAUAACCAAGUGUAUGACCAAGUAUAUGACCAAGUGUAUAACAAAGUGUAUAACAAUGUAUGACCAAGGGUAUGACCAAAUGUAUACCCAAGUUUAUGACCGAGUGUAUGACCAAAUUUAUCACCAGGUGUAUGACAAAAAGUAUGACCAAGUGUAUGACCAACUGCAUGGCCAAGUGUAUGACUAACUUUUAUUAUUGAACUCUGCAACAACUUAAGUCGCCCAAUAGAUAGACGAUCUGCCUCUAGAGAGACGUUUUAAAUACCAAGUUUGAUUUCAGACUAACAGUUAAGUCAUAUUAAGUCUGAUUUCAGAAAAAUAGCUAAGUCAUUUCGAGCAGAAGGAGUGAUUCCAUACAAUGGGAAAAAGCAUGUUCUUAAACAAAGCUUACUGCCAAACAUGUCUGUCAAGACAACCAAGUUUCUGGUGUCACUUCACCAUAUGAACGCUGACAGAAUCAGAUGACAUCCAAACACUUCACAGAGUUUAAGUCACUCACCACAUGAACACUGACAGAAUCAGAUGACAUCCAAACACUUCACAGAGUUUAAGUCACUCACCACAUGAACACUGACAGAAUCAGAUGACAUCCAAACACUUCACAGAGUUUAAGUCACUUCACCAUAUGAACACUGACAGAAUCAGAUGACAUCCAAAAACUUCACAGAGUUUAAGUCACUCACCACAUGAACACUGACAGAAUCAGAUGACAUCCAAACACUUCACAGAGUUUAAGUCACUCACCACAUGAACACUGACUUGACAAUAAAACUACAGUACUUCUUAAAUUAAAAAAGUGGAGAGUGUAUGUGAACAUCUAUGGCAUCCCUCGUGAUGAAAUUUUGGCGACAAAUGCAGAGAUCAUUGCAACAGUGAAUCGGUUGAGUUGCGAUAUCCUCAUAUAAACAUAAGUCUGUGACUCGAUAAAUUGAUUGACCGAUCACAAUUACACAUUAUCAAAGUUGAGACGACUUCACUUCCGAAAAGAAAAGACAAUAUUACGCACCAAACGCAGUUGAGUAAUUUUUAAAAAAAAAAUCAUUUAGCGUACUUAUCGGGAAUUAUAUUUUGCGUGCUAUCCGGAAAUGGAAGCAGUCACACCACAAGCAAAAUAUAUUUAAGAGAUUAUGAACAAAUGAACAAUCAUAUUAAUUGCACCAUUAUGUGUGGGGUGUAUGGUGUGUGUGCGGCGUGGGUGAUUGCGGCGUGUGUGUGGGUGUGUGUUCGGUAUGUGGGGUGUGUGUGAGCGUGUGUAGGUGUGGGGGUAUCCUUUAAUUUUAAUGUGUAAAAACUACUUUAAAUUUUUGUCCUGAAUCUUUCUCUGGAUAAGUAUUUGUGUUAGAGAUUUAAGAUAGCCCCCGAUAAGUGUCGAAAUAAUCAGUAUUCAUGUGUUUAUCACUUCAUACUUCUAUCGGGCCUUAGGUUUGAGUAUAAUCUUGCCCAGGCUAUUCCCCUCCCCCCCCCCGGGUAUAUUUUUACCUAGGCUCGUUUAACCCCCAUGGAUUACUCUUGCCGAAGUCAGACUAACCCCGGACUAAAUCUGGACAGUAGUGUUCUCUGGCCUGUUACACCGUGAAAUAAUCAUUAUUCAUGUGUUUAUCCCUUCAUACUUCUAUCGGGCCUUAGGUUUGAGUAUAAUCUUUCCCAGGCUAUUCCCCUCCCCCCCCCCCGGGUAUAUUUUUACCUAGGCUCGUUUAACCCCCAUGGAUUACUCUUGCCGAAGUCAGACUAACCCCGGACUAAAUCUGGACAGUAGUGUUCUCUGGCCUGUUACACCGUGACACGGCAAAGGCACAUACCUCAGGUGCACAGUAGGUACAAAAAGAAGAAAAAAAAGGGGGGGGGGCAUUAAUGCUAAAUGCAAAUAGAUUAAUUUUCAAAAAAUAACGGGGAUUUUUAAAAAAAAAAUAUACAUAGGGGCGCUAAUUGACCCUUGACAUCAUUUGAAAAGUCCUCUAGGCACGGUGUAAAGUGUGUAAGUAUAUCCUCAAUCUAGACUAAGCCCGGGUUAAAGGGACCUAGGCUCGAAAACAGCCCGGGUACAUCUCUUAGUUACGUUGGUUAAGUAAGAAAGUUGACUGACAUACAUCUUAAAGCUUUAAACACAUAGAAUUGUAUUGCGUAACCAGAAACAAACAAAAAAAAAUGACGGUUUUGUUUGAUUUUGAGAAUCCUAACUGAAAAUCCUCUUUUGUAUCUGCAUUUUUUCCCCCCAAGGUAAUUCCAGAAACAAAUAUGGCCCUUCCUGGAGGAGUUAGCGUUCUUGCUCUAGUAGCUGUGUGCACCAUUGGGGUUGGUGUGCUUCUACACGUUAUUGGCUUAGCCACACCGAACUGGUCAGCUAUUAGCGAUAAGGGCUUUUAUAGGGCAUAUGGUCUUUGGAAAAGCUGUGGAGGUACAAUUGAAGCUUACGAUUGUGACGAAUACAAAUUUGGAAAUAAGUGUAAGUAAUCGAUUUUUUUUAUAAACUUGUAUUCGGCUCCACCAUAUUAAAUAUAUUGUGUUGUAUGGAGAGGUUUUACAAUAAAAAAUUAAAGCAUCAUUGCUUCUUAAUAUUUAUCAAACAAUAAAUGCAUUGCUUGUCUUUUGUGUGCAUCAUCUGAACUGUACAACUGUAAGAAAGAAAAACAUCAUUUUAUGGUUUAGUUUCACUCAUUUGGUGGCACAACUUAACUUUAAAUGAUAGCAAUAUGUAUGGAUACAAAAAAUCCAUUUUAAUAAUAACUUUACAAAAUUAAUUAUUGAAUAUUUAGUUGAUGAAUCGGAAAGCAGCGUCAAGGCCUGUGAAGCCUUCGCCAUUCUAGGAAUGUUGGCCAGUUUCCUGGGUCUGGCCAUGGCCGCCUUAUCUGUUCUGUUACCUAUAAUUGGGAAACCCAAGAAUGCAAUUCUUCCUGUGAUUGCAUUGGCUGGCUGUGUGGCAGCAUGUAAGUUCAUUACUUUACCUACACUUUACAUUUUGAAGUAUAGGUACCAAAUAAAUAUUAUUUCUUAAUGUUAUGACAUAUAAGUUUGACGUCACGACAGAAUGUCGAUGUCUUGGAACGUAUCGAAGCUUGCAGCAUGUUCUCCGCCACCCCCCCCCCCCCCCUCAGUACGAGUCACCAUAAAUAUUAUUUCUUAAUGUUAUGACAUAUAAGUUUGACGUCACGACAGAAUGGCGAUGGCUUGGAACGUAUCGAAGCUUGCAGCAUGUUCUCCGCCACCCCCCCCCCCCUCUUAGUACGAGUCACCUUAACUGGCAAGGUUAUGUCAAGAGAAUGGAAACCAGCCGAAUAGAUCAGGAGGAGAAGAGAAGACCAAUAAGAUAUAUAUAUAUAUACCACCCUUCAAGUAUUUGGGUUCGAAAUGGUCACCGGAAAUUAUUUCGAAACCAACUUGUUCAAGACAAGGUGGAAGUUUUAAAUAAUAAACAACAAACUUUAAAGUUAGUUCGAAAGGAUUGUUGGAAAUUAUGUUUUAUGGUUUUUUGUGGCUGAAAAUAGUCUUCUAGAGAAGGUGCGAAUGAGAAAUGGGGGAAGUGAAAACUAUGAACAAAUAUGAAUGUGUUGGCUUCGUACAAAUUGGUUUAGAAGAAAUUGGAUUGGUCGUCGCUGCCGGAUACGGUAUGAAAUACUCGAAAACAGUCAACAUGAACAUAAUGGAAUGUAACAGCAUCGCUGAUCACUGUUCAUAUUUACCAACAGUGGUCAUUAAAAUGUCAGCUGUCAGAUCAAAGACGUGAAGCGUAAUGGUUAAAAAAGAGGGGGGGGGGGGGUAAGACGGAAGCCAUACAGUCAUCCAAACAUCUCUCUAGCAAUCUUUUGAUUCAUCCAGCUCCAUAGCAAACGUAUGAUCGAACCAACUCUCCAGCCAUCUAUUGAUUCAUCCAGCUCUAUGGCCAUCUUAUGAUCGAACCAACUCUCCAUCCAUCUAUUGAUUCAUCCAGCUCUAUGGCGAUGUUAUGAUCGAACCAACUCUCCAGCCAUCUAUUGAUUCAUCCAGCUCUAUGGCCAUCUUAUGAUCGAACCCACUCUCCAGCCAUCUAUUGAUUCAUCCAGCUUUAUGGCCAUCUUAUGAUCGAACCAACUCUCCAGCCAUCUAUUGAUUCAUCCAGCUCUAUGGCCAUCUUAUGAUCGAACCAACUCUCCAGCCAUCUAUUGAUUCGUCCAGCUCUAUGGCGAUCUUAUGAUCGAACCAAAUAUCUAGCAAUCUAUUGAUUCAUCUAGGUCCAUGGCAAUCUUAUGAUCGAACCAACUCUCAAGCAAUCUUUUGAUUCAUCCAGCUCUAUGACCAUCUUAUGAUCGAACCAACUCUCUAGCAAUCUAUUGAUUCAUACAGCUCCAUGGCAAUCUUAUGAUCGAACUAACUCUCAAGCAAUCUUCUGAUUCAUCAAGCUCUAUGGCCAUCUUAUGAUCGAACCAAAUCUCUAGCAAUCUAUUGAUUCAUCCAGGUCCAUGGCAACCUUAUGAUCGAACCAUAUCUCAAGGAAUCUUUUGAUUCAUCCAGCUCUAUGGCCAUCGUAUGAUCAUUUUUAAAAUGUGUUUGAUUGUACCAACCUCGCUCUUUAAAAAAACUUAUUACUAAAACAGUUUAAAGUUUGAUGAUUUAUGUAUAGUGUAGCCAUUUGUCACAAAUGUGGCUAUUUGAGAAAAAAGUUGACUCACCUUGGUCUAGGAAUGAUUAUUCAAUAAUAAAACUUUCAGAGCGUUGAGACACCAAGACACUCAGCACAAGGUUCUAAACACAUCAAAUCAAAUCUUACGCAUCGCGCACAAGAAAGACGUUCAUCUUCGCGCACCAAUAAAUCCUUACAUUGCACGUUCCUGACCGACCCAUCCACAAACAAAAUAAUGGCACUUUUCUUUUAGUUCUAUAGACCAGCUAAAGGAAAACACGAAUUCGACCAACGUGGGCCAACCUGAGGCCUGUAACAAAAAUUGACAUAAUCUAUUCAGAUUCCAGGAUAAUAGAGAAUGUUUUUGCAAAUGUUUAAACUCUCUAGGUAGAGUAGUUUUGAGUCUAUAAGCGUCAAACACAAAUCCACACAACAAUAUUGAGUUUUAAAUAUAGAUAGAUAGAUUUACGAACUCUGUAAUGAUAAUAUUUUUGAGGUGUAAUCAAAGUUUAACUUCUUUUAUUUCAGUUAUAUGCAUCUUGAUAGCCAUCGUUGUUUGGGGCGCCAAGGUGCAUGCGGAGUACCUGUCUUUUUUGGACAUCGGCUACUCAUUUAUCCUGAGUAUCAUUGGUGGCAUUUUGAUAGUCGUUGGUGGAGUAUUGGCCUACAUUGGCAAUAAAAGAAUUUCUUAAAAUCAGCCCACCAUAUAAACACAUCUCUCUCAACGUACACACAGGUGUUUACAGAAGUAUUUAGUAAAAGGGGGGUUUUAAAAAUUUUAAUACAACAAAACACUCAUCACACACGCAUGUGACGUCAAGCAUUAGAUGUUACAUCAAACAGUAGGUGUGACGUCAAGCAUUAGAUGUUACAUCAAACAGUAGGUGUGACGUCAAGCAUUAGAUGUUACAUCAGACAGUAGGUGUGACGUCAAGCAUU